AUGACAAAUAAUCUGGUUGUUCUGCACAUUACUCGCUUACCCAAAUAUUUUGGACCAUAUGAAUUGCGAAAGUACAUUGAGCAAUUCGGAAAAGUUCAUGAACUCUAUAUACCAAAGUCUAAAAAGACUGGUAAGUGGAAAGACAGUGCUUUCGUUCGAAUGUCUAAUGAGGCUGCUCCUCUCGUAGCCUCGACGUUAAACAACUUGCUGCAAUUCAAUAAAAUAAUAAAAUGUGAAGUCUUAGCAGACAAUAAGCGACUAUUUCGAAUAAGCAGAUACCUACGAAAUUCAACUCGUGCAUCACAUGAAGAAAACCAAACCAUAGCAACAAUAAAGCGUGUUACAGCCCUAAACGCCCGCAAAGGAAUGGAUUUUACCAAUAGUUCAGUAAGAAAAUCAUUACCCCAAGCUGUCCGAAGGCGUAAACAUAACUUCCAGAAACGAAUUGCAGCAAUUAAAAAGACCAACUUGAAUUUCAGAUUUCAUGAGACCGACCACUAA